CUCCGGCAGGCCGCGCGUUGCGGGGGCGUCGCACUGUCCGCAGCCCGGUCCAGACUUGCAGAGUGUUUAAGUGGCAGGCCGGGAGGGGUAUCUUUUCCUUUACUCUGCGCUCAGGCAGCGCCAACCCCUCCUUCCCUCCCCCCACUACCGUGCGCUCCCUGCCCGGCUCCCCGCGUCAGCUUUUCCUGGGCCCCUGGAUGAGCUGGGGCCUGGAGGUUCGAAGGUAACGGCCUCUGCCUGGCGCGGAAGCGAGGGGCGCGCCCCUCUUCAGCCCGGCAAACCCCGCCCCCGGCCCUUGCCUCCAUGGGCCCAACUCAGAAACCCAACGUGUGCCGCCAGCUGAGCCGCCGGGCGCUGGGCUUCUUCUCGCGGGACGCAGGCGUGGUGCAGAGGACGAACCUGGGCAUCCUGCGGGUGCUGGUGUGCCAGGAAAGUACUAAAUUUAAGAAUGUUUGGACAACUCAUUCCAAGUCACCUAUAGCCUAUGAGAGAGGAAGAAUAUAUUUUGACAAUUAUCGGUGCUGUGUCAGCAGUGUUGCAUCAGAGCCAAGAAAACUUUAUGAAAUGCCAAAAUGUUCCAAAUCAGAAAAAAUAGAGGAUGCUUUAUUAUGGGAAUGCCCAGUGGGGGAAAUACUUCCCAAUCCAUCAGAUUAUAAAUCCUCACUCAUAGCACUGACUGCACAUAAUUGGCUAUUUCGCAUAUCAGCAACUACUGGAAAAGUCCUUGAGAAAAUAUAUCUUGCUUCAUAUUGCAAAUUCAGAUACUUGAGCUGGGACACUCCUCAAGAAGUCAUUGCAGUCAAGUCAGCUCAAAACAAAUGUUCAGCAUUGGCCCGGCAGGCAGGCAUUCAACAGCCUAUUUUGCUGUACCUUGCAGUGUUCCAUGUUUUACCUUUUUCACUCAUAGGGAUUCUGGAGAUCAGCAAGAAGAUUUUCGGGAACGUUACAGAUGCUACCUUGUCUCAUGGGAUACUGAUUGUGAUGUACAGCUCAGGACUGGUCAGACUCUAUAGCUUCCAAGCCAUCAUUGAACAGUUCAUGCAACAGAAACUUGACUUAGGGUGUGCAUGCAGAUGGGGUGGGACUGCUGGAACUGUAGGAGAGGCUCCUUUUGGCAUUCCUUGUAAUAUUAAAAUCACAGACUCACCACCACUGCUCUUUGAGGUGUCCUCCCUGGAGAAUGCUUUCCAGAUUGGAGGCCAUCCUUGGCACUAUAUCAUCACACCUAAUAAGAAGAAACAGAAAGGAGUUUUCCAUAUUUGUGCCCUGAAAGAUAAUUCCUUGGCAAAAAAUGGGAUCCAAGAAAUGGAAUGUUGUUCUCUAGAAUCUGACUGGAUCUAUUUUCAUCCUGAUGCUUCUGGUAGAAUAAUACAUGUUGGCCCCAAUCAGGUCAAAGUUUUAAAGCUAAAUGAAGUAGAAAAUAAUAGUGCCCAGCAUCAGAUCUCUGAAGACUUUGUCAUUUUGGCCAACAGGGAGAAGAACAAAAAUGAAAAUUUACUCACUGUUACAGCUUCUGGACGGGUGGUGAAAAAAAAAUUUAACCUUCUGGAUGAUGACCCAGAACAAGAGACUUUUAAAAUUGUGGACUACGAAGAUGAGCUGGAUUUGCUUUCUGUGGUCGCUGUUACCCAAAUAGAUUCUGAAGGAAAAGCUCACCUGGAUUUCCACUGUAAUGAAUAUGGAACUUUACUUAAAAGCAUUCCACUGGAGGAGUCAUGGGAUGUGACAUACAGCCACGAAGUCUACUUUGACAGAGACUUGGUACUACACAUAGAACAGAAACCCAGCAGGGUCUUCAGCUGCUACGUUUACCAGAUGUUUGCAGAUAAAUGUCAAGCUAAUUAUGAUCAACAGUGCUGAGGAGAAAAAGGUGUUAACCUAUUCCAGACAUCAAGAAAUUAGUAGCAGAGUCCAUAAAUUUAAAAGAAAUACAAGGAACAAACCUAAAACUAUCUUUUGUGCAAUAGGUAAGAUUGCUAACGUUUUAGAAUAACAGAAAAUAUUCAUAUGUGGCCAAAGAUAAAUCUUUUUGCAUCUGACCUUAAGUGUAAUAACCAUUUGGGCAAGUAGAAGUGAUUACCUUGUGAGCAAGGUAUAACUAUCUUCAUAUAUUAAUUCUAAUCCUUAUAUCUCUCCUAAUGGAAAAAUCCAUUCUUGUUUUAUGCAUAUUUAAUAUAAUAUUUGAAGCUUUCAGAGCAUUUUAGAGACCUGAUUGUGGUUACAGAGCAGUUGAAUAAUUAUGAUGUACUGGAUAUUGCCCCAAACUUCCAAUUAGACACUAGCUAUAGCUAAACAGUCAUGCCCAAUGAAUUUGCAUCUUGAAAAACAAGUCCAGUAAGAGGGAAUAGAUUAAAAUACCAGAGAAAAGAAAGAAACCAGUGUUGUAUGGGUUUCAAAGCAGAUGCAGUGCUAUGUAAAAGCUGAAAGCCUAUUCUCCAUUUCCAAGAGUGUUUCAGAAAAGGUUAAGACUUCAGUCCUGUUUGAUUUUUUUAAGAAGAGGUUUAUUGAGUUUCCCCAUCUCCUUUAAGUCACUCUCUUCUUUUAAUGAAAUGAUAGGAACUCAUCUGCUCAGAAAGGCAUCUGAGAAUUAGCUGAGAUUCUUGGCUGCUUUUUAGGCUGGGGGCAGGAGUGGGUGGGUGGCUAGAAUACUUCUAGUCUAGGUAUGAACUGACCACUGAGAAACUCCGCAUGUUUCACCACUGCUAAAGUCAGACUAGACCAGGAUCCUUAUGCCGUAUCAGCCGGACACUUUUACCUCAGUGUAAAAGACCACGGUGGGGAGGAGGGGGAGGUCAGUUGUGGGCACUGUAACAAACAGAAGGGUUAUGCCCCAACUGGAAGGACAAGCUGUUCCUAUUUAGGUUCAGCUGACUGUAACAUUUUGUGGGAAUGUGGGCUGCAUGACUUUUAACAAGAUGGUUGAUAAAAAGAUGCCAAAUGAUACAGAAGAUAGUAAAGAAUGUGGGAAAUUUACAGAUAACACACACAGCAGGAGACAGUACAGCACGCUUCCCAAAAAAGUGUGGGUGUCCCAGCCCCCCAUAGUGGCAUCGCAGCUGUUCAUUCCGCCACCUGCCAGCCAUGACACCGCCAUUCUCUUGGGGUGGAGGGACGUGGCGGUUAAUAUCCUCCUGGCCCCGCCUCAACCCCCACUCUCUGCCUGACUCUUAGAGUCUUCAGUGGUGUGGCCCGCCUACCUAACAGGCACUACUGAUAGGCAUAAAACAUUAUGGGCAACGUUUCUGAGUGUUUAAUGCAAAACUGAGGGAAGCAAUUUAGCUUCUUCCAGCAGGUCUAGAUAUUAAGCUGAUGAGAAGCGUAUUGCUACAUUUCACUCCUUGUGAUGCUGUGUUCUCACAGUAUCGAGGCAGCAAGAUUAUCCUUCUUUGACUCGAAAACGUUUCUCUCAACUCUGAGAGAAAACAAAACAAAUCCUAUUGUAGUUGCUGUUUGAACUGCCUAGUGAGGAGAUGAUGUUCUAUUUAAACAAAUUAAGGUACUUGACAUUCUUCCACCAACUGAAUGUUUUGUUUCUUGUACAUAUUUUUUAAAUGGUAACUUACAUUUAUUGACUGCUUUCUAUCUACCAGUCACUGUGAUAACAUGUAAAAUGAAAUGGUUCACUCAACAUUCAGAAUAACCAUAUGAAGUGUGAAACUACUGUUAUCCUUCCACAUUUUGUAAAUGAGUAUCAUGAGGCUUAUAGAAGUUACUUUGCCACAACUAAUAAGUGCAGAGAUAGGAAACACAUCCAGAUUCUUUUGACACAAACUUAUGCCAGAUUUCCUCCAAAGCUCUCAAAAAGCAAAUCAUGUUACUUUAUCUCAUAUAAAGCAUACCAAUAAUGAUAAUAUUAGGUACAAGAAAAUACUUAGUGUUUUUUUAAUGAUGUCUGGAUAUCCAAAUUUUGGACAAAGUUUGGAUGAAAUACAGUUGGCCUAUUCACAUAUAUAACUUGACAUAAAUGAUGGUUCUUCAUUCAGUAGUUAAAAGUAAUUUUUUAAAAAGGUACAAAAUAUGGUACUGUCAUCCUGUUUGUGGUAAUAAUGAACACCAGUAUUGGUAAUGAUUCAUAAGUUAAUUUGACUUCCUUUUUAAUAAUCUUUGUAUUUCUUACCUUUCUUAACCAUGUCUACAUAUGUAUCUAACUUUUAGAAUUCUAGGGAAAAUUCUGGGGCUAAUUUCUGGUCCCUGUAUUGCUACAGAAUCUUACAGAAGGAAUAAUUUAUUAUAGGCAAAGGAUAUAUAUUAGAAAGAUAAGACCAACUGAGGGCUUUUCUCCAUCAUUUUAUAAUGAAACUUUUCAAACAUACAGAAACGUUGAUGGAAUUUUACAGUAAAUACCCAAGUACCAACUUCAUGGAUUCUAAAUUUUACGUGUUUUAUUACUAUCUAUCCAUGUUACUUUUAUGAUGCAUUUCAAAGUAAAUUGCAGACCUCAGUAUACUUUCCCCUGAUACCUCAACAUGCAUACCACUAAAUAGAGUUUAAUGUUCAGUUUUUAAAAUUUUUGAUGUACAUUUACAUGCAGUGAAAUGCACAAAUGUUAAAUAUAAAUUUGCUGAGUUCUUGCAAAUGCGUACAUCUGCGUAACCCAAACCCUUUUCAAAAUUUAGAACAUAGCACUCAUUCCGGAAAGUUUCCUCCCGUUCCUUCCCAGUCAAUCCUCACCACACCUAUUGGGGGUUAACUACCGUUUUGAUUAUUUUGCCUCACAGAUUAAAUUUGCCCAUUCUAAAACCUUAUAUGAAUGAAAUCAUACAAAGUGUAAUGCUUCCUUCAUUCACCGUGUUUUUGAAGUUAAUUCACUUUGCAUGUACCAGUGAUUCAUCCCUUUUUAUUGCUGACCAGUCUUUUGUAUGAAUGCGUCAAUUUGUUUUUUCCAGUUUUCUGUUAAUGGACACUGGGCUGUUUCUGUUUUUUUUUUCUUUUUUUUUUUUUUACUAUUGUGAAUAAAGUGCUGUGAACAUUCUUGUACACGUUUUUUUGUGAACAUAUUUCUUUAUUCCUCUUGGGUAAACAUCUAAGAAUGGAAUUAUUGGGUCCUAGGUAGGAGUGUGUUUAGUUUAAUAAGCAAUUGCCAGAUCCCCCCCGCCACCGACCCACCCCUGAAGAAUUGUAUCAUUUCACAUGCCUGCAACAAUAUGCAACUUCCAGUCGUUCCACAUUUUCUCCAACAUUUGUGAUUCUUAGUCUUCUUUAUCUUAGCAUUUGUGGUGGGUGUAUAAUCAUCUCUAGUUGAUACGUAGAUUGUUUCUACUUGCCUCUAGCAGCCCUUUCUCGGGUCACCCUCUUUAUCUUUUUUAACCCCACCCCCACCCCACCAGGAACUGCUGAAAGCAUUCUUUCUUUGUGAUAAUAAUUAAGAUAACUCAAAAGCCAGCUUGCAUUAUUCUUUCUCAAACAUAGAAUACAUUCUCAUCAAGGAACCCUGUUUCCUUUAAUGAGGACUAACAGAACAAACCUGGAUUGCUAAAGGCUUAUGUUAGACUGUUCUACGUGACUGCUGGAGCUGGACAGGAUGGCACCAGAGAAGGGGCUCCAUAAAACAUUGUAAUAAAAGCAGAAAGUGAUUUUUUUUCCUUUAAAGGCUGGGAGUUCAUGUUAUUUGUAAAUCGGAUGAAUUUUUGCUAUAAUAUGAUAUUAGUAUUAAAUAAGCUUUAUCCUUUCCCUAAUAACUACAUUGAUGUCGGUUAUGUAUUUUCUUUUGAGAGAGUAGGGGAGGGGUGGAGAGAGGGAGAAAGAGAAUCCAAAGCAGGCUCCUCACUGUCAGCACAGAGCCCAAUGCGGGGCUCCAACCCACGAACCGUGAGAUCAUGAUCUGAGCCAAAAACCAAGAAUUGGUUGCUCAACCAAUCACUCAUCCAGGCACCCCCUCAGUGUGAUUUUGAUUUAUAUUUCCUGAUAAACUAAUGAUAAGCAUAUUCAGGUGUGUUUAUAUGCCAUGUGUAAAUUUUAAAUUUUCUUAACAUAGAUUUUUUUAGGUAUAAUGGACAUACAAUAAACUGCACAUAUUUAAAUUA